AAAAAUAUAUAUUGCCUCUCUCCCCUCCACUUUCCCUCUCCUCCCAUAUUCAAGCGGCCCUCUCGCCUUUCUACUUCUCGAACUGAAUUCUCGCAGCUGUUAUCGGGUUUUUGAGGAAUGUCUAUAGAAGGAAGCCCAAAAGCUAACAGAAGGACAACGCGGUCCACUUCAGCUGCUGUCUUAAAGGAUUCUGGUGAAACAAAGAAGAUAUGUGAUCCACACAUUCCAACUUUUAAUGAUCUUGUUUUUGGAGAAGAUUCCAUUAGUAAGGAAGAUCUCUUUUCUAGUUUUCCUGGACGUCGUACUCAAAUUCUCGAACUUCUUGACCUUUUGGGCCCCCUGAAUUCUCCCAUGCUUCCCCUCUUUGUUUAUGGCGGCCCAUCUUCUGGAAAAACCAGUGCUAUUCUUCAGAUAUUCCGUUGUCUUAACCGUCCUUUUGUCUAUUCAAGCUGUCGUACUUGUUAUAAUUUGCGGACCCUAUUUGAGUCUAUCUUGAAUCAGUUAUUACUUCAUCAUAAAGAUGCAGACAAUAGUUAUUUGAGUGCAAAGCGCUGUGAAAAGCCGCCAGAGUUUGUUAACUUACUUCGGGAAGCCUUAAUUAAAGUUGUAAAAACUCUACAGGGGAACCCAGGAAAGUCAAGCACCAAGAAGUUGACAGGACAAGGGCAUGGUAAUAUGGUCUACCUGAUUUUUGACAAUCUGGAGCUUGUUAGAGAGUGGGACAAGAGUUCAAGCGUAUUGCCUUUUCUGUUUAAUCUCCAUGAGGUCUUGAACAUGAGUGAAGUUGGAUUUCUCUUCAUCAGUAAUACUUCCCCUGACACAUACUAUUCAAAUAUGGGUUACUUGGAACCCAUCCCUGUUUAUUUCUCUGAGUACACAGAAGAUGAUCUUCGUCAAAUUUUUAUGAGGAAUCAAACUAAUCAAGAGAUGUAUUCUUCCUUCCUGAAUGUUGUAUUGGGGCCAUUCUGUAGAAUUACUAGACAAGUGAAUGAACUGUCCAUAGCCUUUUCAUCGUUGUAUAAAACAUACUGUGAAGCUUUAAGUGAUCUGAACAAUGUUCCAAAUGAGUCCAAUAAGAGGGCACGGUUCAGUCGUUUUCAGCCACAUAUCGCUCCUGCUUUGAAUCAGAUAUUUAAAAUUUCAUCUCAGCCUUCUGUAGUUAAUAAUUUCAAGGAACCAAAGAGAAAAGGUGGCAGUAAGAAGUUUGAUGGGUUUGGCUCUUCUGAGGACUUGGACUUUCACAUGUCUACUUCUGCAAAAUAUCUCCUUCUUUCAGCAUUCCUUGCUUCAAGAAAUCCAGCUACACUUGAUGCAUCACUGUUUGAUUCAACUGGGGGCUCUAGUAGUCGAAAAAGGAAGAAGAGGCCAUCAGAAAAAUCGAUCGAGCAGAAGGAGAUUUCAGAACAGGAGUUGCUUAUGAAAGGACCUGGAACUUUUCCAUUGGAGAGGUUGCUUGCAAUAUUUCAGUGCAUUACGUCUGUGGCAGAAACCUCACUUGAGGAUGAGCAAGGAAAUGUUGUAAUGGAAAGCCAAAAUGAGGACAGCGAACUCAUGUCUGAUGUUCUCCUGCAACUUUCCAGCCUCUGCAACGCAAAUUUUGUGGUCAAAGGAGGAAGCUGCCCGCUAGAAGGUUCAACUCGAUAUCGAUCUACAGUAUCUGAAGAUAUGGCUUUAAAGGUAGCAAGGAGUAUUAAGUUUCCCCUAUCCAAGUACAUGUACAGAAGAUAACAUGUGACAAGGAAAUGUAUCCUAACAUGCCAAAAGGAAUCUAGAUUCUCUGGUUCCACGAGAGAUUGUACCGUCAAAACGAAUUUUCUACAACACGACACGGUCAGCUGAACUUGAUGGCACUGCAGCGGCUCAAUGAUGAGCUUGAGAGAAGAAAAAUUACAGAAAAACUAUUGAUGAUGGUUUGUUAGCAGCUGUUGGAGGAUGGCUUCAAAACCAGAACAGCCAGAGAUGAGAAAAGAGAAGAAACUGUGGAUUAUUUUAGCAGUGUCUUAGGUCACCCCCUUAUUCUAUUUCUCUCAGAACCGUCGGCAGUGGUUGAGAAUAUAUUAAAUAGGAUGGGAAGAAAGAUGAGACUUUCACCUACUCUGCAACAAAGUAGAUAUGUACUUUAAUUAUCAGUUGGCUCAAAACUGCUGCCCCCUUUUUGGGCCAUCUUCCUAAAGUUCUAAGGUACUCUCCUUGUAACUUUGUUUUCUCUUUUCUUUUUGGCUAAAUAUAUAUCGGUUUGAAUACUAUUUUGGUCACU